ACACACUCAGACAGGUGCAGGUAUAUAAGUGCAGGUCAUCAGAACAUCAGAGAUUUUUUCUCACAAGCAAGAUGCUGCUUCACUGGAACAUGGACAUGAGGGGUAUCGUGGGGGUGUUGGUGUGUUUGUCUUUCGGAAAGUGUGCUUUAGUUCCUGAACUCCGUGCAACAGAGUUUGGGUUAAUGCCUCCUGAGAACCUUACGCAAGGACAAACGGGAUUUGCGGUGUCUGAUUUAUCCUAUUGUCAGAUGAUUCUGGAAGCUCCGGUUCCACCCACAGCAGACCAGGUACCCUGGUUCUGCAUCUGUUCUGCUUGCUCCGGAAACCGAGGCCAGAAAGGAGACAGAGGCGACCGCGGACUGCCAGGAGUUCCUGGUAGUUCAGGUCCAAGAGGCCUCAGUGGGCUUCCCGGCCGUCCAGGAUUCACAGGACGUCCCGGCAUUAAGGGUGAGAAAGGUGACGCCGGGGAUAAGGGUGACAUUGGUCAACCUGGAGUUUCAGGGCCAAAGGGAGACAGGGGAUUUAAAGGUGAGAAGGGUGACCGUGGUCUUUAUGGUCCUAUGGGAGAACAGGGUCCAAAGGGAGAAGAUGGUCAGUGCCCGGAAACCUGUGUGCCCAUACCAGGGCCGGCAGGUGAGCCAGGUCUUCCUGGUCCUGUGGGUGCACGGGGGUUACCUGGGCUGAAUGGAAACCCUGGUCCCAAAGGGUUGAAGGGUGAUCCGGGUGUGGCGGGGGAGCCUGGCGUUCCAGGUGUACCAGGGAAGAAGGGUGACCAAGGUCCACAGGGCCUGUGCAAUUGUCAGGAUGGUGCUCCAGGAGCCCAGGGUCAAACAGGUGUAAAGGGUGAGAAGGGAGACGAGGGUCCGACAGGGCUGACGGGUCAAACUGGAGCCACAGGACCUAAAGGUGGUCAGGGAGAUAUGGGAAUGCCUGGUAUGCCCGGACCUUGUUCACCCUCUGUGCAAUCUGCUUUCUCUGCUGCUUUACUCACUUCCUAUCCUAUACCGAGCCGGCCAGUGCCUUUCAAACGUGUCAUCCACAAUGUAAACCUGCACUUCAACCCUGAUAAUGGCGUCUACACCGCCCCGGUUAACGGAACCUACGUGUUCAGCUACCACCUGCAAGUAUCCACCCGUAUGCUAAAGGUCGGACUCUUCCACAACUUCGAGGCCAUAGUGAGGACAACUACACCAGUGGAAAUGAACAUCGCCUCUCAGCAGACUAUGCUGAGUCUGAACCAGGGUGACUGGGUGUGGCUGCAGGUGAAAGACACCAGCAAUAACGGCAUGUUCACCGGCAGCGAGGCCAGCAGCACAUUCAGCGGGUUUUUGUUGUACCCAGACAGAUGUGAUGACAUGUUUGGAAGAGGUUUCCCUGCAAACGCUGCUAACAAUGGAACCGCUCCAACAUUCCCUGAGCAUGAUCUUCCCUGGUAACUUCCGUAAAGACCCAUAUGUAUACCUUACCCACUUACCCUAUACCUUAAACCCUUAACAAACCCCUACAUUCUAAACCACCACCUACAGCCCAGACAAGGGACAGCCAGUCAUGCUUAUGGAGGGCUACCAUCCUGCAGAUUUUAGCUCCAACCCUAUUCAAACACAACAGCUAAUCAAGUUGCUCAGGAUUACGUCAAAGUAACAGACAGGUGUGUUGAAGCAGGGUUAGAACUGAAGAAUGCAGGAAGGUAGCUCUCCAAAAGAAGGGCUGGAGACCCCUGGCCUUAGACCUAAACACUUAAUCUACACCCUGAAUUCUAAACCUAAAUUUGACCUAUUCCCUAGACAGAUACCCAACAUUCUAAACCUCCAACCAAAAUUUUAUCUACACCCUAGACUUACACCCAACAUUCUAUACCUAAACUCUACUCUAGGUCUACUCCCUAGACCUGCAACCUAAACUGAUAACCUUCACUCAAACUUUUAACUGCACCUUAGACCUUCACCCAACAUUCUAAUCCUAAAAAUUGACUU